AUGGACUUAUUAGUAAAAUCCUUUGAAGAUUUAAUUAAGAGUGCCGAUGAAGCCUUAUAUGAGGCCAAGAGACAAGGUCGAAAUAGGACAUUCAUAUGGAAGGGAGCAGCGCUUUUAACCAGCGGAAAUAUAAAUCUUUCACUUGAUAAUUAUGAAAGGUCACUGGAGGAUAUUAAGAAGGCAUUGGAAAUUGAGCCAAGCAACCUUUCCGCAUUGAUGAUGUGUGGAAAUGCAUACUUCAAGAAAGAAAAUCACAACGAAUCGUUAAUAUAUUACAAGCGAGCAAACGAAAUUGAAACUGAUAAUGAAGACAUCCUUUUAGCAUUAGGGAAAACCUUGUAUGAGUUAAG